AUGUCGGUUCUACGCCAGCCACCCUCGAGUACGCGGUCUGUACCGCGUCUCCUUCCCCUGACGUUGACGAAUCCCUCGAUGGUGGCUCAGCACACCCCCUGCACGAUGCAUUUAUCUAUAUUACCACCAGAGCUUGCAUGCAAACUAUUCUAUUCUAUGCUCGAUCUGUCGCGAUCUUGGAAAAGGAAUAAAUGGUGGCUAUUUGAUCGUGUCGUUGAGAGCCCUCACCGCACAUCAUUCUAUGCUCGAAAGACAGAUGGUGUGGAGUCUGAUAAGUCGUGGCAGGAGGCCGCGCAAUAUUGGUAUAAUGGUCGACAAACAGACCCACCUGAUGUCUUUCCUGAUGCAAUGGAAGAAGCCUGCUUGUAUGUAGAAAAUAUGGUCAACAGAGAGAUGCAGAAGCGACCCCGCCUCCCGCUUGAAUGGGCAGGUAGGGGCUCCGAAGGUCAAAUCUGGCGUGCCAAUGUAGCCGCAUCAAAUUGUUACGAGGGCACAAAGGACAGCGUUGGAUUUCACUCAGACCACUUAACAUAUCUAGGACCUUAUCCAACUAUUGCUUCACUGAGCCUCGGGACGACGAGAAUCUUUCGCCUUCGGGAGGUCGUACCAAGCGAAGAAAUCCACUCACGGAAGGCACAAACAUUCAACAUUCCUUUACCUCAUAACUCUUUGGUCAUCAUGCAUGCCAGCACCCAGGAAAAGUUCAAGCAUUCAGUCCCCCCUCAAUCUACACUUGACCUCUAUCGACCUCUCUUACCUCACCAUUCUGGCCUGGAAUAUCCAUCAGAACCAUCCAAUUGUCGUAUCAAUAUAACCUUCCGGUUCUAUCGGCCAGACUUCAGGCCGCAAAGCAUCCCGCGUUGCAAUUGCGGCAUACCAACAAUUUUGCGUCCAGACAUGAAAAAUAGACAUGACGGUCGGACGGACCAAUACUGGUGGACAUGCUAUGCUGGCACGCAGAAUGAAGGAAAAGGGUGCUCGUUUUGGCGGGUCAUGGACAUGAAGGCCGAGGGUCGAGGGCCGACCAUUUCUGAUGUAGGGAGCAAGGAACGGUAA